AUGACACAGACAACCCGAGUCCCAGGUGCUGACAUCAAGCCCUGGUUGCAGCCAGCACCGCAGAGUUACGUCUUCACCAACGCAAAUAUUGUCGAUGUUGAAGCUGGCACGAUCCUGGCAAAUUCAUCGCUGGUGAUCAGCCAAGGAAAGAUUCAGUCCAUCUCACAAGGGGAGCAUCUACCGACCGACCUACCUGUAAUUGAUUGUCAGGCUCGCUAUAUCUGCCCUGGAUUAUUUGACGCUCACGUUCACUUGUGCGCCGUCCCAGGCUUCACCGACCUGAGCAAAGCCUUUGGCAAUCCCAACGAUGUGCACCUGCUGCGCCAGCCGUAUUCAGCCGCUCAGAUGCUGCAUCGUGGCUUUACCAGCAUUCGCGACUGUGGUGGAGCCCAACUCGCCUUGAAAGAGGCUAUCGAAGAUGGUGUCUUUCCCGGUCCCCGGAUCUUCCUGUCCGGCCAUGCUCUGUCGCAGUUCGGGGGACACGGCGAUUUACGAAGCUCGCAUGAGCACGGUGGAUGCUGCGGCGGAGUCCACAGCCAAAACUCGCUCGGCCGCAUGUGCAACGGCGUGUCCGAGUGUAUGGUAGCCGUUCGCGAGGAGAUCCGCUGCGGAGCAGACUUCAUCAAGAUCAUGGGCUCGGGCGGUGUUGCGUCUCCCACCGAUAAGCUGGAGCACCUCCAAUUCACGGAUGCCGAGAUCCAAGCCAUGGUAGAGUGUGCAGCCAAUGCUGGGACGUUUGUGACAGCCCAUGCAUACACUGUCAAGGCCAUCCGGCACUGCAUCGAUAACGGGGUCCGGGGCAUCGAGCAUGGGAACUUUGUCGAUGAACCCACUGCGAAGCUGAUGGCAGAGAAGGGUGUCUACCUGACCCCCACGCUCAUCGCAUAUGCUCAGAUGGCCAGUGACCGUUGGAAGGGCUACCUGCCUCCGGAGUCUCAGACUAAAAAUGUCCAGGUGCUCGAGUCCGGCUUGGGGGCUCUCAAGAUCGCAUCGGAUGCCGGCGUUACGAUGUGUUAUGGGUCGGACCUCCUGGGCCCAUUGGGUGCGGCUCAAACGCAAGAAUUCCAGCUACGUUCGCAGGUACUCUCGCCUCUGGAGGUUCUGCGCAGUGCGACUAUCAACCCGGCGAGGAUGAUGAGUUGUAGCGACAGUCUCGGCCAGAUUAAAGAGGGGUUUGAGGCAGAUUUGCUGGUACUAAGCAAGAACCCCUUAGAGAACGUAACCAUCUUUGACAAGCCCGAGGAGCAUGUUCUAGUUGUCAUGAAAGCCGGGCGUGUUUAUAAGAGCCGGUGGACGGCGGUCCCCGAGGACGGCGCCACGCCGUUGAGGCUAUAA